CUUCUUCUUCUUCUUUCUUCUUCCUCUUUCUUCUUCCUCUUUCUUCUUCCUCUUUCUUCUUCCUCUUUCUUCUUCCUCUUUCUGCUUCCUGUUUCUUCCUCCUCUUCUUUCUUGGCGGCCUCGAGCCUCGCCAGAGCCGCAAGCCACAUCAUACCGGUAUCGGUCGGCAAGAACGGCCUGACCUUUGAGCCCAACGAGAUUCAUGCCGCAGAAGGCGACGUGAUCGAGUUCCGCUUCUGGCCGCGCAACCACAGCGUCGUGGCCGGCGACUUCCACAACGCUCGCCGUCCAGCAGAAAACAACGGCUUCUUUUCGGGCUUCUUCCCAACCCAAAAUGGCACCGUCAAUUCCCAAGUCUUCCGCGUCACAAUCAACCACGCCAACCCGAUGCCCAUCUACUGCUCGCAAAACAAUGGCCAGCACUGCAAGAACGGCAUGGUGGCCGUCAUCAACCCGGCCCACGACGGCAGUAUGACGCUCGACGCCUACGCCGCCCUCGCACGCAACGCGGGGAACGCCACGUCACCCCAGGGCGGCGUCUUUGGCGGGGUGGUCGCGCAGAACGAGGCGGCUACCAGCACCAGCCCCAGCGCCAGCACGACGACGGCGACGACGACGGAGACGCAGGCCCAGAGUCAGCCUGAGACUACAGCCACGACUACCACGACCGGCGCAACUGGGACUGGUGCUAGUGCGACGACCACGGCCACGAACACGCCUACUGCUGCGGCGGCGGGGCUUGCGGUCCCAGUUGCGGGGUUGAUGGCGGUGGCGGUGGGCGCGUUCUUUGUGUAGUGUCAGGGGUGCUGUUUGCGGAAGUUGGUUGUUAUUUAUUGUUGCCCUUUCCGGUCGAGGUCCUCGGGGCCGGGGCACUUAAUUGUCUACCUUAGGUUGUUUGCCGCAAAAUAGGGGGGCGUAAUGUGGAGUCUAUUCAUAUUCCCAACUUUUACGUCAGGCACAUCCAUCAAAACAACUCAAUUCACAAUUAA